AUGGUUCAGCAGCAGCAGCAGCAACAACAACAACAGCAACAACAACACUAUCCAUUCGAUUAUCUCGCAUCAUUGUCGCCUUCGCUUAGUGCUGUUUCAGAUAGCUCCAAAUCCACCUUGUGGAUAGGCGACCUUGAAGCAUGGAUGGAUGAAAACUUUAUCAGACAACUUUGGGCAUCUUUGGGUGAAAACGUGAUUGUAAAAGUCAUCCGAGAUAAGCGCACAGGUAUCAGUGCUGGUUAUGCAUUUGUGGAAUUUGAAUCCAUGUUGGCUGCUCAACGAGCCUUGGUUACUUUCCAUGGGGCCAAAGUACAUAAUAUGCAAAAGCCGCUGCGACUUAACUGGGCAUCAGGUGGAGGGAUUCAUGACCGAAAAGAGGACCGUGCACCGGAAUAUAGUCUUUUUGUAGGUGAUCUGAGCGGAGACGUUGAUGAGACAUUGUUGUUGAGCCUAUUCCGUCAACAUUACCCAUCUUGUCACUCUGCAAAAGUAAUGAGCGACCCGCUCACGGGUAUGUCACGAGGAUAUGGCUUUGUCCGCUUUCACGAUCCCAGGGAGCACCAAAACGCCUUAAUUGAAAUGAAUGGGGUCUACUGCAGUAACCGGCCCAUGCGUGUAUCUCUUGCCACUCCCAAGAACAGCAACGCACGUUACCAUCAGCUGGCUCUUCAGGCACCAGCUCUCGUGCAUCAAGCGACAGAUCCUAGUAAUACAACGGUCUUCAUCGGUGGUUUAUCAGCUACCCCUAUUAGCGAAGAAGAAUUGCGUCAAUACUUUGCACCUUACGGCGACAUUGUUUACGUCAAGAUCCCACCUAAUAAGGGCUGUGGAUUUGUUCAAUACGUUUCACGACACUCGGCUGAAAUGGCCAUUGAACAAAUGAAUGGCUUCCAAAUCGGUGCUUCUCGUAUUCGAUUAUCGUGGGGUCGUUCUCAAAAUGAUAAAACAACCAUUGCUGCAGCCCAACAACAAAAUUGGCAACAUCAACCAAGCAAUGUCGGUCAGCAUCAGCAUUCGUCGUUAUAUACAUCUCCAACAUUACAACCGAGUAUCAUAUCUCCUUCUUCAUCGACUAUUUUACGAUCCGAACAAAAUACGCUUUCACCUAUUCAACAGAGUCGUCUGAUGGAUAAUAAUCCAAUGCCUUCUCAUUCAGUGCCCACUUUCAGUCGUCGUGGAUAUAUCGACAGCGCAUUUCCUUCGUCGUUUUCUACCAUGUCAUCCUUGUUUCAGCCUUCUCGACGUACAGAAAAUGUAUUUGCACCAACAGCAGAUGACAUGAGUUGGCUUUGGCCCGAUAGCAACAAGAGACCCGAGCACACAUCCACCACUAGCAAUCCCACAUCAGGUACCACAGCCGCUCCUGGUUGGCAUCCUAGUGGGAUCUAUGCUCAAUGA